AUGGAUCGCGGCAAGAAGCCCGCCUCAAUUGGCGUCGGGGCUUCAAUCCCCCAGCCCACAAUAGCCAUCAAUGAAAACACAGUCGAUGCGAAACUGCCCACUGGCGAGUCUGUCUCUGUCCACCUGUUUGGCGCCACCGUGGUCUCGUGGAAGCUUGCCGACGGCGAAGAGCAGUUGUUUGUCAGCUCCAAGGCCAUCCUGAAUGGCUCCAAAGCCAUCCGUGGCGGUAUCCCCGUGGUGUUUCCGGUGUUCGGCCCUCCACCGCCGAAUCAUGCCACCUCCAGCCUUCCUCAGCACGGGUUUGCGCGCUCCUCCACAUGGGAAUUCCUGGGUAAAUCGUCUUCGGAGUCUCUCGGUAAAAAGGCAGAUACCACAAUCAAGUUAGACUUCGGAUUGUCUUCGAGUAUGAUUAGCGAAGACUUCCGCAGGGCCUGGCCAUACGAGUUUGGGCUUGUGUAUAGUGUCACGCUCAGUCCGGACAGAUUGGAAACUUCUCUUCAGGUGCAGAAUAAGGGAUCCCAGCCAUUUGACUUUCAUGUGCUGUUGCAUAAUUACUUCAAAGUUCCUGAUGUGUCCAAAAUCAGCGUCACGAAUCUGCAAAACAAGACCUACACCGACAAAACCGAAAAGGGCCAGCAGAAGCAAGAGACAUCCAAUGCUAUCGCCAUCACUGGCUCGACCGAUCGAGUCUACCUGGACAUUGACCCGACGGUGCCCGUCAGCGUAGUCGAGAAUGGAAAGCCUCUCUUCUCAAUUACUCGCGAAGGGCUCAAUACUGUCACAGUGUGGAAUCCAUGGGUGGAAAACGCCAAGAAUAUGAUUGACUUUGGAGACGAGGAUUACAAGGGCAUGGUCUGCGUUGAGCCUGGAGCUGUCAAGAACUGGCAGGUGCUGGAGGGAGGGGAUGCAUGGGAGGGUACUCAGACUAUAAAGCCCAGGUUGUAG